AUGGGGGAAGCGGCCCGGGCGCCCCCAGGGCGCUGCCAGGUGGACGGGGCGGCGCGCGCGGCGGCACGUCACACCUUCGCCUCCCCCGCGCGCGGCAGUGGUACAUCCUUGCCUCUCCCCCCGGCGGCUGAGGCGCGAGUAGUGCAGUCGGCGGCGCGAGCGCUCUCCCUGGACGGAGCAGGUUUCUCCGCCUGCGGGAGGUGGAGGCGAGCGCAGAGGGAGCGCAGCCCGCGUCGACGCAGCACGUCAAGGCAGCAGCUGAGCGAAGAAGAAGAAGAAGAAGAAGCAGAAGCCCGCAUUGCCAGUCCUUCUUCUCCGUCAGGCAUGGCGCGGCGAGGUGGGCUCUGGGCGCUGCUGCUGGCGGCGCUCUGCGGCGCGCUGGGUGCCUUCGCCUUGCGGCAGCAGGGCUCCGAGGCGGAGCAGCCCGAAGCGGCGGCGGCGGCGGGCGGCGGCUCGGCGAACCGGCGGCGGCGCCUCAGCCAGGAGGACGGCAUCUCCUUCGAGUACCACCGCUACCCGGAGAUGCGCGAGGCGAUGGUCUCGGUGUGGCUGCAGUGCUCGUCCAUCAGCAGGAUCUACACCGUGGGCCGCAGCUCCGAGGGCAGGGAGCUGCUGGUCAUCGAGCUCUCCGACAACCCGGGCGAGCACGAGCCUGGUAAGGGAAGCCCCUGACGCAGCACCCCCCCCAGGUAGUGCUGGGUUGGGGGUGUCCUGGAUGUCUCCUCUUUCCUCCACCCCACCGCCCCCAUUUUUUCUUUUGCUUUCUCAGGUGGAAUAAACAACCUCUCUUCCUUGCAAAUUCCUGCCUUGUUUCUCAGCAUUGAGGUGCGCAGACCUGGAAACGCAUGCAACGGAUGCUAUGGUGAUAAUGAUAAUCUUUCCUGGUAA